GUCUGUCUCUGUCUCUCUCCGCGAGACACACACACACACACACACACACACACACACACACACGCACGCACGCUCACCCCCCGCGCCGGGACCGGGACCGCGGGGACGACGGCCGCCGGGGCUGCGGAAGGCGGCGGCCCUGCCCGCGCCCGCUGGCGCUGCGGACUCUGCCCGGGCCAGGGCGGCGGCCGGCCGGAGGGCGACGUGGAGCGGCCACGUGGAGCGGCCCGCGGGGGGGAGGACCCGGCGGCCGCGGCGAGCCGAGGCGCGGCCAGCGCACAGCCUCAGCCGCCGCGAAGCCAGACCCCAGCCCUCGCCGCGCCGCCGCAGUUCCAGUUCCAGCAAGGAUGCUGUUACCUUUGCCAGUGAGAAUGUUAGUGCUGCUGCUGCCCCUGAGCCAGGCCGCUCCCAAGGAUGGAACCGUGAGGCUGGACCCUGGAGUGCAGCAGCAGCCGCUGCCCAACCCCUUCCAGCCAGGCCAGGAGCAGCUUCGGCUUCUGCGGAACUACCUCCAGGGACUGGAGAAGAUGGAGAAGGAGCCAGAACACAUGACCCGGGAGCAGGUUCUCCUCUACCUCUUUGCCCUCCACGACUAUGACCAGAGUGGACAGUUGGAUGGCCUGGAGCUGUUGUCCAUGCUGACCGAAGCUCUGGCACCUGGAGCUGCUGAUUUUCCGAUCGCAAACCCGGUGAUCCUGGUAGUGGACGAGGUGCUUGAGAUGCAGGACCUGAAUGGGGACGGACUCAUGACCCCUGCAGAGCUCAUCAACUUCCCAGGAGAGGCCCCUCAGCACACGGAGCCCAGAGAGCCCCUGGAGCCACAAGAUGUUGGGAGGCAGUCCUUGUUAGCUAAAAGCCCAUCAAGGCAAGAGCUGCAGGAAGCCCUGGAUCCCAGAGAAGAUGGGGGAGGGGUGGAGGCCAAAAGGGAGUCCUCGGAGCCUGUACAGGAGGCUGGAGGACAGGCGGAGGCUGAAAGAGAAGCCCCAGGCCCCGGAGUAGAGGCUGGAGGACAGGUAGAGGCCAGGGACCUUGGAAAGGAAGCAGAGGAGCUUCCAGGGGAAACACUGGAGUCUAGGAACACCCCAAAUGAGGUUGAAGGUCACGUUAUUCAGCUGGAGAAUGAUGAGAUAUGAACCUUGACAACAGAGAUUCGCACCCCUAGAAGUCUCAGUACCAGAACACAAGCCCCAAAGAGUGGGGUGUGAAUGUUGGGACGAGGACCACCUCUUUGUCCGCUUCCUGGCCCCAGUAGUAGGGGCAGGUCUUUCUGUGCAGCUCAGGUAGACCCUAAGUUGAGGGGGCAGCUUUAGGGCCCAGACAACCAAUAAAGAACUGAAUGAACUCA